GGAUCGUUGGCAGCAGGUUGGCCGGAUACAGUCGCUGCUGUUCCCGCUCCGACCUCACGCUGUCCGGACACAAAGUGACGCCAGAGAGGGGCUCCGGGACGGUUUCUGGACACUUUAAAACCCGCGAAAGCAAACUGUUAUUGGAGACUGUGACCGGCUGAGCUUCUGGAUCACCUCUCGGUGGUCGGCGGACACUCGUUGGAGUGAGACUGAAGAGGCUGACAGCUGGGAGGAGUUGGACUGCAUGAGGAGGCUGAGCGACAGGACUCUGGUCCUCACGUAGAACCCCCCUCCACCACACCGCCUGGACAUGAGGUUGUUUCGAUCGUUUGCGAAUGACGACCGCCAUGUCAUGGCCAAACAUGCCAGCGUUUAUCCGGCCCCAGAGGAGCUGGAGGCCGUCCAGACGCUGGUGUCCACAGUGGAGGGAGCCCUGAAGAAGGUCUCUGAUUGGAUGGAUGGCCUCAAAACGUCCUCGGGGAAGACAUCCACCAGUGAUGAUGUUGAGGGCAAAAAUGAGGAGGAAGAUGCUGCUGAGGCAGAGUGUGACGGUACAUCGGUGCUGUGCGGGGUGACGCGUGUUGGCCUGGUGGCCAAAGGCCUGCUGAUCAAACACGACAUGAACCUGGAGCUGGUGCUGAUGUGCAGAGAGAAACCCACCAAGCUGCUGCUGUACACCAUCAGCGCCAACCUCCCCCUGCAGAUCCAGACGAUGACAGACGAGAAAUAUGAAGUGAGGUCGUGCGUUCCCGAGGCAGCGAUCCAGGUCUGCAGCACCAAAGACCCCCAGCUCUCGCUGAAGAUCACCCUCUCCUCUUUAGCCAUGAGCGAAGAACACGGCACCGGAGACGAGGAGGGCGAUCAGGAUGGCGAUGAGGAGAAGGAGGAGAACGAUAGAAAGGAGGUGGAGGAGGAGAAGGAGGAGGAAGAUGCCCUAGACAGACAGAAGUGCCAGGCUGCACUGGCUGCGCUCCGACACGCCAAGUGGUUCCAGGCCCGGGUCACAGAUCUCAAGUCCUGUGUCAUCAUUUUGAGGAUUCUAAGAGAGAUGUGCAACCGCCUGCCGGAGUGGCAGCCUCUCAAAGGAUGGCCGCUGGAGCUGAUCUGUGAAAAGGCCUUAGCCACCUGUAACCGGCCAUUGGGUCCAGGUGAAGCCCUACGCCGCGUCAUGGAGUGCAUCGCCUCAGGAAUCCUUUUACCAGGUGGUCCAGGAGUUCAUGACCCCUGUGAGAGGGAACCCACAGACGUCCUGUCUGACCUCAGCGCCCAGCAGGCUGAUGUCAUCACACACAAUGCGCAGCAUGCGUUACGCCUUGUAGCAUUUGGACAGCUUUACAAGGUCUUGAAUAUGGAUCCUCUGCCAGCCAGUAAGCCCUGCUCAAGGCUGUUAGAAGGUGGCUGUCUGAAGAGGCACCGGGAGGAUGUGGGGUCAGAAGAUGGAGACCUCAUCAAAAGGAUGAAAGUCCUGGACUGGAGAAUGACUGAUCCAAACCAUCCCAUGAACGCUCUGAUGCGCCUGAACCAAAUCCACCCGGGCCUUCAGUACCGCCUUCUGUCCCAGUCUGGUCCAGUCCACGCUCCCGUCUUCACCAUGUCUGUGGAGAUUCAGGGAACCACCUACCAGUCCACUGGGAACUCCAAAAGGACCGCCAAGCUCCAAGUCGCCCUCAAGGCGCUGCAGGCUCUGGGCUACGUGCUCCGCUGCGACGGAGACUUGGACUCACUGAGCGCCGACGAGAAGUCCGACGGCGAGGGCAAGAACGACAGGAUGUCCACCAGCUCCAGCUCCACGUCGGUCACCUCCUCCACAGAGACACAGGAGUCCAGAGCUCCAGGUCCGAUCCUGACGGCGGGAGGGAAAAACCCGGUGAUGGAGCUGAACGAGAAGCGCCGUGGACUGAAAUAUGAGCUGAUCUCAGAAAGUGGGAGCAGCUACGACAAACGCUUCAUCAUAGAGGUGGAGGUGGACAAACAGGUUUUUCGGGGAACUGGACCCAAUAAGAAAGUAGCCAAAGCCAGUGCAGCGCUGGUUGCUCUGAACAGCCUGUUCUCUGGCUCCAAGUCUGCAACCAACAAGAAGAAACGACCCAACCCUCCUCCGAAACGACCCGUGGCGUCCGUGCUGACCAUCCCAACCCUCGCAGCCAGACCUCCUCGGAUCCCCAUGAUCCCCAGAGCGCCGUACAUCAGCUCCCCGCCUACGCACAGCUACAUCCCUCCAGGUUUUGGCGCUCCUUAUGGCUACAGCCCUGCAGGCGCCCUUCCUGCUUACGGUGGUCUGUACAUUGACAGUGCCUACUACCAGCCGCAGACCAUAGCCACGCCUAUAAUCAUCCACCUGGGCCCUCAGGACCUGUUCUGACCCCCCUGACGUUCUGGGACCAGAUCUCCCAUUUAAUCUCUCGUCUUUUAUUAAAGUCUGUCAGCGCCUUCCUGUUCCCUCGAUGCCACAGGCUGCAGCAAUAAAGCAAUAUGCAAGAAGAGGACACCUCGGGCGACGCCGGUCCAGGUCUGGUUUCUGUUAGAAAGGGGGGGACGCGAUCCAGACUGAGGAAAUGUCAAUGAAACGCAAGCAAUACUCAGACGGCACUCGGGGCUCGCUAGGGCCUCUGAAGGCAGUGACCGAAAUCUGAAAGGGGACUUCAACAUGACAGACUGUAAAUACAAUAUUUAUUAUCUGUAAUCAUAAAUGUGUUUUAAUGAAACAUAAACUGACAUUUUAAUAGAUUUGAAUAUAAACGAUCCAGCAGCGGCUGAAGAAAUGUUUCUGACUGUAAAUACUGUAUUGACUGAA